AUGGUUGUGGACUUCAGGGGGGUCAGACACAUCCCCUCUCCUCUGCACACUGGUGGACGGCCGUUGAGACGGUCUCCAGUGUCAGAUGUGCAGUGGGAAGUGUCCUCUGCUCCUGCAUCGCUGUGUGCCACGGUAGCUAGGAUCGUGAGAGGCAGCCUGCCCACCACCACAGACAUUUACACGUCCAGUUGCAGGAAAAGGGGCUCCAGCAUCAUGAAGGAUCCCACCGACCCCUUACCCACAGACUCAGGAACCACACGUGACUGCACACAUGAGGCCAUCGCUCCAGGUGACAUUAUGAUUGGUGGUCUGUUCCCAAUACAUGAAAGUGUAAAAGUUAGCAUUAACGCAGAUGGCACUGAUAACCGGACCUGUGACAGGUUCAGUGUAGCUCGGCUGGUGCAGUCUCUAAUAAUGGUGCAGGCAGUGGAGGAGAUAAAUAAGAGGCAGGAGUUGGGGAAUCUCACCAUGGGAUACCACAUAGUGGACUCCUGCUCCGAUGUUACCACUGCCCUGAAAAACACCAUGGCCUUCACAAAGAGAAAUGAUCGUGGAGAGCAGUCCUCCCCUCCUGUGCUGGCAGUCAUUGGUGGCUACUACUCAGAAAUAUCCAUAGCAGUUACAAGGCAACUCAACCUGGAGUACAUCCCACAGAUCAGCUUUGGUUCAACCUCUGGUUUUCUGAGUGAUAAAGUCCGUUUUCCAAGUUUUAUGAGGACAGUGCCAGAGGACGAUCACCAAGCACGUGCCAUUGUCGAGAUUCUGAGAAGUUACCAGUGGACCUGGAUUGGGGUGAUAACAACUGACAGUGACUACGGCCGCUACGCAUUUGAGCGCCUCCGGUACCAUGCAGACAAGAACAACAUCUGCUUUGCCUACACCAGUAUUCUCCCAGGUGUUCUGAAUCACCACGCAGUCUAUGAUGAUAUUGACUCUACGGCCAAAACCAUCGCUGAAAAUAGAAACGUCUCAGUCAUUGUGUCCUUCGCCAAACCCUACCAUAUGAUGUAUCUUUUUAAUAAUCUUCUAAGGAAACCCGAAGGCAGGGAGAAGGUUUGGGUGUGCAGUGAUAACUGGUCGCAAUCAUCUCUCGUCCUGAAUCUUAAAAACUCCAGUUUGAAGGACGUUGGAACAGUCUUUGGGAUCACUCUGAAAUCUGGAAACACAAGCAAUAUGAUGCAGUAUCUCGACAAUCUUGAUAUAAAUCCUGAUCACCACAAGAACAACACAUUCCUGUAUGACUUCUUAAAAGAAAAAUGGGAAUCUGACUCUGGCGAAAUUUCCAGUGCAACUGAGGAGUUAAAAAGCAGUAUCUAUCCAUAUGCCGUGUUGAGCAUUGAUUUGGCAUUAAAGGCAAUAGUGCGGGCUGUUUCUGACCUCUGCACGGAGAGGGACUGCAGGACAAGAAGGUUACAACCCUUGGAGUUACGUGAUGCCUUACAGAAAGCAGUGUUUGUCAUGGAUGGGAAGAACUAUUCAUUCGAUGGCCGGGGUGAUCUCGACACAGGAUACGAUGUUAUCCUAUGGAGGCAGACUUCGCCGCAUUUUGUGGACAUGGCCUACACAGUAGCUCAAUACAGUAUAGAGGACAAAAAACUGAUUUUCACCUCAAAAAAUGCAAAACGUGAUGUCCUGGAACAGACGGAAAAUGUCAUUUCCAGGUGUUCACACAGCUGCAGUCCAGGCUACAGCAAGAAGUCAGCUGACGGCCAGCCUGUUUGCUGCUAUGAGUGCCACCUCUGUCCUGAGAACUACUAUUCCAAUGACACUGAUUCUACAGAGUGUCUGCGGUGUAAUACCAGCACUGAAUACUCCUCCGAGGAUAGAUCUGAGUGUGUCCCUAAAAAAACUGUCUUCAUGGACUGGCAGAAUAUGUAUCACAUUGUGCUGCUGGCGCUAACUGCUCUAGGAAUAUUGCUCACCCUUGCCGCUGGUAUCAUCUUCUUUGUGAGGUGGAACACCCCUGUUGUGCGCUCCUGCGUGGGCCCCAUUUGCAUCCUGCUUCUUUUCUCUCUCCUGGGCACGUUUGGAAGUGUCAUUCUAUUCUGUGGUAGACCCAACAAAUGGCAGUGCCAAGCACGACAGGUGGUUUUUGGCUUGAGCUUCACCUUGUGCAUCUCCUGCGUCUUGGUCAAGUCCUUCAAAAUCAUCUUGGCCUUUGAAUUUGACCCCAACACUAAACGUGCCCUGGAGAAACUCUACAAACCAUACAUCAUCAUUGCAGUGUGCAUGGCUUGUCAAAUCCUGAUCUGUGCCCUGUGGCUUGCGCUCUGGCCACCAGAGCCCAAAUGGGAGUUACAGCCAAAUAAUUAUGAACGUGUGAUCAUGUGCGAUGAGAAGUUUUUUCCCUUAUUCGGGGCCAUGCUGAGCUUUAUUGGCCUUUUGGCCCUUAUUUGCUUGGUUGUUGCUUUCAAGGGAAGAAAGCUACCUCAGUGUUACAAUGAAUCAAAGUUCAUCACGUUUUCUAUGCUGAUUUACUUCAUCGCCUGGAUCAUCUUUGCCCCUGUUUAUGUCAAUGUCACAGGCCAGUACACUCCAGCACUGGAGAUGGUCGUCAUCCUCAUCUCUGCGUACGGCAUCCUGUUUUGCCAGUACCUCACAAAAUGUUACAUUAUUCUGUUCAGGCGGAACGAAAACACAGAGAAUGCGUUCAUCCAGGACGUUAGGCAGUAUUCCCUGCGUGAAGACAGAGCGGCGAGUCUAACCUCAAUGAGUUCUGAUGGAAUCGAGAUCCCGGCUUCACCCAUGGAGUCGCUGCCAACUGGGUCGUCAUCAAAACUACCGACUGAUCUGAACGCAUCUAUGAAUUCGGACGUGUCUUUCCUUUCAGUCUCAACGCUACAGCCCGAUAAAACUGCAGAAUGACCUCAACUUCAGUAAAAGGCAGGUACCACGAUAUAUUUCAGCUUGGGACUUUGUAUCUGACAUCACCUUUUUUGCAUCUAUUGGACGGAUUGCCAUGAGUAUUUAUACCACUGUAGCAUUUAUCUUUCCUCCUUUUCUCAGGAUGAAAUGUAAUCGUUUGGGUGAUCCUUAACUGUUGAUUUAGCACCAUUAUUAGGACUACAUUUAUAUUGUCCAGUGCAAAACAAAUGAUAGUCCUAGUAGCCUCAGCUGUAUGUGUGUUUUUUUUUUUUGUGCUAAGCAUAUUACUUAUUAAAAACAAACAUGAUGAAUGUGCUAAAGAUCAGCAGCCUAGCUUUGAGCCAUUGUUAGCAUAUUAACACUGACAUCUAAGCAUCUUAUUACAUUGUCACAGAGCGCCUGAUAUUGCUAUAGACUAUGGUUCAGUAAAUAAACUGACUCUCAGCUUUAAAGUAACUGUUAAUAUUUUUCUUCCAUAUUUUGGUAGUUUGCAACUCUGUCAGUUCUUUGUCAACGU